AUGGCAUCUCAAGGUCAAGGUCUGGACAACAGUCUGGAGGAAAAGAGUAGCAUAGAUUUUCGCCAGAAGCUUCUGAAGAUUGAUAACAGCCUGGGGUUCAAAGAUGUGGAGGCGCUAAAGUUUCUCUGCCGAGACUUACUCUCGCACAAGAAGCUGGAGAAGUGCAGCUCAGCCUUGGAGAUUUUUGAGCUGCUUUUGGAAGAGGAUCAGCUGAAUGAGGAGAACCCCUACCUCCUGGUGGAACUCCUCGAUACCAUCAGGCAGAAGUCAUUGCUGCGGCAUCUUGGGUACUCCAAACAGCAAGUGCAUAGCAUGCUGUCUGGCCAGAGGAGGGUCUCUAAAUUCAGGAAACUGCUCUAUGAGCUGUCAGAAGACAUGGACUCCGAAAGCUUAAAGAGCAUGAUCUUUCUCCGGCCGAAUGUGUUUCCAAAAACUGAGAUGACCUCCCUAAGUUUCCUGGCACACCUAGAGAAACAAGAUCUAAUAAAUGAGGAUGAGCUGGUGACACUGAAGGAGCUCUGCAAAAAUGUUGCACCUAGGCUUAUAAAAAAGAUAGAGAAAUACAAUACAGAAAAAAUCUCUCAGACAAUGACACUUCCUAAAGACAGGGAAACUGAGACCCCGGGAGAGGAAGAGUUAUCAUCUCUUUUAGGCAAUAUGCAAAAUUUCCUGCAUUUCCCAUUUCUUCCACAGAAGAAGCCCUGUGAAAAUAAGCACCGAAGGAGUAAUGGUGACAGGACCCUAUAUGGUACACAAAGCCUGAUUUCCGAGGAGAUGCGAGUAACGGCUGACAUCAUGAAUGCUGAAACCAGCAGAAAGGAGGCAAAUGCAUACAGAAUGGAUCGGAAACACAGAGGCCAUUGUGUCAUUGUCAGCAACCACAACUUUACCUCACUGUCAGCCAGACCAGGGACUGAUAAAGAUGCCGAGAGUCUGAAGCACGUGUUUCAGUGGCUUGGGUUUGAAGUACAGGUAUACUAUGAUAAGACUAAAGUAGACAUGGAGGAGAUGCUGCAGGAAUAUAAGAGGCAUCCAGGCCAUGCUGAUGGGGACUGCUUCGUGUGCUGUAUUUUGACCCAUGGGAAGUCUGGAGCUGUCUACUCCUCAGACGAUGAACUCAUUCUCAUUCGGGAGAUCACGUCUCAUUUCACAGCCCAACACUGCCCUCUUCUAGCUCACAAACCCAAACUCUUUUUCAUCCAGGCCUGUCAAGGUAAAGAGAUACAGCCUUCUGCAUUUAUUCAACCAGAUGCUUUGAAUCCUGAUCUCAGGGAGAUGAACGUGCAGGACAGCAUCCCCGUUGAGGCAGAUUUCUUGCUUGGUUUGGCCACCGUCCAAGGCUGUGUGUCCUUUCGGCAUGUGGAAAAAGGCAGCUGGUAUAUUCAGUCUCUGUGCAACCAUCUGAAGGAGUUGGUUCCAAGGCAUGAAGACAUUUUAUCUAUUCUUACAGCUGUCAAUGAUGAUGUAAGCCGGAAAGCAGCCAAGCAUGGAACACAGAAACAGAUGCCUCAACCUGCAUUCACAUUACGCAAAAAACUAGUCUUCCCUGUGCCACAGGGAGCACUUUCCUUUUAG